AUGGCCCAGUACUCGCAACAACAGGGCCGCUCCUCGUCGCAGCAGCGUGAAGCUGCCUAUAACAACAUCUUUGGUCCGCCUGCUGCUGCUCAGCAACAACAGGGCCGCUCGCAGACCAUGCUCUCCCAGCCCAUGAGACCCCCCACCGAACGCGCCGCCACCAUGUCGUCGCAGAUGUCCGAUUACAUGCAACGAGCCCCUCCCAUGCGAGCAUAUCCCCCGCCGCAGAGCAACCCUCGUCCUGCUCCUCAUCAUCAAGGAUCCUACAACUCUCCAUCUCCUCCUAUCCAGAACGGCGACUAUCACCACCCCUCACAACCGCAACAUCACCAGCAGCAGCAGCCACCACCACAACAAUAUCCCAGUUCUCCCCAGCCCCACCGCCAGCCUCAACCCCAGUACCUACCUCAGCCCCUCCGUCCCGAUCGCCGCCCAUAUGCUGCUCCCCAGCGCCUCGAUCCGCGUGGUCCGCCGCCUUCGCAGCCUUAUGCCCGCACUUACACUGGCGGACCCGCCAUGGCCCCUGGUCCUGCGCCUGCCCUCAAUUCCGACAGCUACCGCUCACAAUCCAUGGCCGCAACCUCUCGGCCUAAUUUCCCUGUGCAGCAUAGUCAGAGCAGCUACAACAUAGCUCCUGCACAUGCUUUCCGUCAGCAACCAUACAUGAGCAAUCAUCUGGCAAGGACUACUGCUCAAGGAAGAGUCGUACCUGACCGUCCCGCUGAUGAGCGAACCAUGUCCAUGUCUUCGUAUUCACGCGAUCAAGACCACAGUCAGAUCAUGAGUGGUCGCGUCAUACCUCAGCGCAAACGUGGUGACUCCGAGGUGAGUCAGCAACAGGAUCCUUUCGCCGUCGCCGCCGCCAAGGGUAGAACUCCUAGCCAGGGUAGCAUUCAAUCGCGCUCCAUGUCUAUGGCAUCCACUAUCGCUCCCUCGGAAUAUACAGAGACUACUGCUGGCGCCGCUCAGUCUCCACGACCCUCCAUAACCGCUUCGUCCACCCGUUCCAACAGCCAAAUCCAACAAGGCAACGGACAGAUGAUAGCUCAAAGACGUCCGUCCCUCGUUUAUGGCGCUCUUCUUUCCAAGGUCGCCGCCGCCUUUUACGAUAGAAUCCCAAUGGCGGAGAAGGAGAAGGAUAGUUUGGUCUACAAAAACGCCUUCACUGGACACGAUGCUGUUGAGCUGAUCGCCUACAUCAUCCGUACUUCCGACAGAAAUCUUGCGCUGCUCCUCGGCCGGUCCCUGGAUGCCCAAAAAUUCUUCCAUGAGGUUGCUUAUGCACACAGAUUGCGUGACUCUCCCAACGAGAUCUACCAGUUCAAGGAAGCUGUGGUCGAAGAGCCAGCCGAGGUCAAUGGCGUUUUCACUUUGUUGACCGAGUGCUAUUCGCCUACCUGUACACGCGACCACCUUUGUUAUUCGAUAGCAUGUCCGAGAAGAUUGGAACAGCAGCAGCGCCUUAACAUGAAGAUCCAGCCUGGUCUGAAGAGGGAAGGUUCACAAGCCAGUCUGAGGGAUGAGCCGGAAGCUGAACAGAGAUUGUGGAUCAACACUGUUUCUAAGGAUGUUGCCGACAGUGUUGACGACAAGGAAAAAGCACGCCAGGAAGUUCUUGCUGAGAUCAUGUAUACUGAGAGAGAUUUCGUGAAGGAUCUGGAAUACCUCCGCGAUUUCUGGAUCAAGCCUCUGAGAAACCCGAAUAUCUCGCCAAUUCCGGAGCAUCGGCGCGAGAAGUUCAUUCGCACCGUCUUCUCGAAUUGUCAAGAAGUCCACGCUGUCAAUGUCAGGCUUGCUAGCGCUCUUACUCGAAGACAGCAGCAGAGUCCGGUUGUGCGGAACGUUGGUGACAUCUUCCUGGAAUAUGUCCCUCAGUUCACUCCCUUCAUCAAAUAUGGUGCCAACCAGUUGUUCGGCAAGUUCGAGUUUGAGAAAGAGAAGUCCAGUAACCCGGCGUUCGCUAAGUUUGUUGAGGAGACAGAACGUCUAAAAGAAUCACGAAAACUCGAACUGAACGGUUACUUGACGAAACCCACUACUCGUCUCGCUAGAUACCCCCUACUGUUGGACGGAGCUUUGAAGAAGGCCAAGGAUGACAAUCCAGACAAGGAAGAUCUUCCACGAGCAGUCACCAUGAUCAGGGCUAUUCUCACCAGGGUAAACGAAGAGUCUGGAAAAGCAGAAAACAUCCAACAGCUUGCGCAACUCAACCAGAACUUGAAGUGGACCAAUGUGCCUUAUCAAGAUCUGAAGUUGACGGAAGAAGGACGCCAAAUGGUGUUCAAGGGUGGGCUCAAGAAGACAGCAAGUCAAGAGACCAUCGACAUCCAGGCAUAUCUUUUCGACCACGCAGUGCUGCUCGUUCGACAGAAGAUGGUCAACAAACGUGAAGAACAAAAGGUAUAUCGCAAGCCAAUCCCGCUCGAGUUGUUGGUUAUUACACAGAUGGAGGAGGUUCUGCCAAAGCUAGGCAUCACGAAACGACCCUCGUCUAGCAUGAUUCCUGGAGCUCGUACUAUCACCAGCGCCGCAACUAAGAAAGAAGACGGAUAUCCUCUGACCUUCAAGAGACUCGGAAAAGGCGGUUAUGAACUCACUCUGUAUUGCUCGACUCAAAUCCAAAAGGAGAAGUGGAUGGAAAACAUUCACGCCCAACAAGAGAAGCUUCGUGAGCGCAGCAACAUCUUCACCAAGACGAACAUCAGCCAAGGCUACUUUGCAUCCAAUAAUCGCGUCAACUGCUGCGUACCCAUCGACGGAGGCCGUAAACUGGUCCUCGGAACCGAUAUUGGUGUAUUUGUGGCAGAACGCAAGCCCAAGGAUGCCUCUCACAAGCCAAAGCGUAUGCUUGACUGCAAGUUGGUAUCACAAAUCGACGUGCUGGAACAACAUCAAAUCUUGUUGGUUCUCGCCGACAAAGUCAUGUACUCAUACCCGCUGGAUGCUCUGGACCCAGAAGACAACCAACCAACUCCCUCUAAGCGUGGGCGUAAGAUUUGCCAUGCCAACUAUUUCAAUGCUGGUAUGUGCAAUGGCCAAUUGCUUGUCUGCUGUGUCAAAUCAUCAUCAUUGUCAAGUACGGUUAAGGUGUACGAACCCAUGGACGCAAUGAUGAAGGGCAAGAAGAAGUCGGGUUUGGCGAAAAUGCUCGCAGGAGGUCAGGAAGUGCUCCGACCGUUCAAAGAGUUCUACAUUCCCAUGGAGUCGAACAGUAUUCACUUCUUGCGGUCCAAGCUCUGUGUUGGUGGUGCCAAAGGCUUUGAGAUCGUGUCGCUCGAAACGCUCGAGACACAGUCACUGCUCGACCAAGCCGACACAUCACUCGACUUUGUCGUCCGUCGCGAGAACGUCAAGCCCAUCUACAUCGAGCGGACUCCAUCAGAGUUCCUGCUGUGUUACACGGACUUCUCAUUCUUCGUCAACAAGAACGGUUGGAGGGCGCGGAACGACUGGAAGAUCAUCUGGGAGGGUGCGCCGACGGCGUUUGCAACGUGGGGCGACAAGUACAUUCUGGCGUUCGAGCAAGAGUUCAUCGAGGUGCGGUUGACGGAGACUGGAGGGUUGGUCUGUAUCUUGACUGCCAAGAACAUACGCUUCCUACAUUCGAGCUCGAGAGAGAUCCUUUACGCGUACGAAGACGAGAUGGGCGAGGACGUCAUUGCCAGUCUGGAUUUCUGGGGUCGCCCACAGUCACCAAGGCAAUGA